GCAGUAGCAGCACGGUAUUCCGGGGGAAACACCAUGCAUCUCAGGCUGAAAAGACGACUGGAGCCUCACAUCAUUUCGCUUUCUUAUUUUUGAUUUCCGUUUUUUCUUUUUGUUUCGUCCUUUCCCCCCCUCUCCUUUCCACCCCAAUCUCUGACGCGCAAGGACACUACAGCAUCCAUCCACGGCAGAAACGCUCACAUAGAGCCUCCUCUGUACAGACGCACCAUAACCACCAUCCUCCUCCUUCAUUCCUUCCUUCCUCCCACUCUCCUCCUCUCCUCUCUCCUGUUCUGUUCUAACCCAGAGGACAUCGGGACCUUUUCUCCCCCCCUUUUUGCCCGGAGACAUGGAUCUAUGGUUUCAUUCGAUCCGGAUUUGCUGGUGGAGGGUUUUGUUUCUGAUGAGUGUUUUCCAGGACUAUCUGAGCUCCAUGCUGGACUGCCCGCCGACCUGCAGCUGCUCUCAAAUAGAGAUCUAUUGCAAUAAGUCCGACAACGGCAGGUUUUUCCCUUUACUCGCCCUGCAAGAUACUGGGAGCAAUGGGACCAGUGUUGACAUAGCAGAGUUAUUCAAAAACAUCACCACUAUACACAUAGAGAACUGGACGGGAUUGCAGACUCUGAGAGACGUCGAUAUGGAGCUCUACACUGGACUACAGAGACUAACUAUCAUGAAUUGUAACCUGAAGGUGAUCCAGGCUCGAGCGUUCGCUCAGAACCCACACCUACGCUACAUAAACUUGUCAAAGAACCCUCUCACCACUCUGUCAUGGCAGCUCUUCCAGCACCUCCAACUCUCCGAGCUGCGUCUGGAUGGCGUGGUGUUCCAAUGCGGCUGUGAUAUCCGCUGGAUCCAGCUGUGGCAGCUGAGAGGAGAGGCCGGGCUCAACACUCAAGAGCUGUUCUGCAGGAACGGAGCCUCCAAGAUACGACUGAACAACAUGUACAUCCACAACUGUGACUUGCCAGAGAUCAGUGUGAGCCACAGCAGUGUGUUGGCGAUGGAGGGCGACAAUGUGACGGUGAGCUGCAAUGGAUCUGGAUCACCGCUGCCUGAGGUGGACUGGACUGUCAGCGGCCUGCACUCCAUCAACACACACCUGUCCAACGUAUACUGGCCGAACAUCCACUCUAUCAACCUGACUCUUUUCAACAUCAGUCGAGAUGACAACAAUUACCAGCUGACCUGCAUCGCAGAGAAUGUGGUGGGGAUGACCAACUCCUCCAUCCAGCUCAAUGUACAAUUUCCUCCAGUCAUCCUGAGACUGGCUGAGCCCGAGCAACGCCACGACACCUGCAUUGAGUUUACGGUCCGGGGUUACCCCCAUCCCAAGCUGCGCUGGUUCUACAAGCAAAAGGAGAUUCUCCAGAAUGAUUACAUCCGAACUGAGAUGGACUUCUACCAGGACUAUCUGGAGGGCUGUCUGACCUUCCAGAACCCAACACACGUCAACAAUGGCAACUACACUCUUGAGGCCAGCAACCCUUUGGGAACGGUCACCAAGACGGUGUAUGGUCACUUUCUCAUACCACCGGAAGAAGAUGACUUAAUGGGACUAGUUCCUUACACGCCAUCAGAUGGUGAAUCAGGCCAACCAGAUGAAGACACGUUUGGGGUUUCCAUCGCUGUGGGUUUGGCGGGCUUCGCUUGCGUCCUCCUCCUCGUCCUUUUUGUUCUCAUCAACAAAUACGGCCGGCGCUCCAAAUUCGGUAUGAAAGGUCCAGUAGCUGUGAUCAGUGGUGAGGAAGACUCUGCCAGCCCUCUCCAUCAUGUGAAUCAUGGGAUUAUUACCCCCUGUACUCUGGAUGCAGGUCCUGAUGCGGUUGUCAUAGGGAUGACACGUAUCCCUGUGGUGGAGAAUCCUCAGUACUUUAGGCAUGGGCACAACUGCAACAAGCCAACCACUCUUGUCCAGCAUAUAAAGCGGAGAGACAUCAUCCUGAAGAGGGAGCUGGGUGAAGGAGCGUUCGGUAAAGUCUUUCUGGCAGAGUGUUACAACCUCAGUCCCACCAAGGACAAGAUGCUGGUGGCUGUCAAGACACUGAAAGAUCCUAACCUGUCGGCGAGAAAGGACUUCCAGAGGGAGGCAGAGCUGCUGACCAACCUGCAGCACGACCACAUCGUUAAAUUCUACGGAGUGUGUGUAGACGGAGACCCUCUCAUCAUGGUGUUCGAGUACAUGAAGCAUGGAGACCUCAACAAAUUCCUCAGAGCCCAUGGGCCGGACGCCAUGAUCCUGGUAGACGGCCAGCCACUGCAGUCCAACGGAGAGCUGGGCCUUUCCCAGAUGCUGCACAUCGCCACCCAGAUUGCCUCAGGCAUGGUGUACCUGGGCUCCCAGCACUUUGUCCACAGAGAUCUGGCAACCCGUAAUUGCCUGGUGGGUAAUGGCCUGCUGGUCAAGAUUGGAGACUUUGGCAUGUCCAGGGACAUCUACAGCAGUGACUACUACAGGCGUGGCACCUGGCCCAGUUCGGACCUUGCUGAGGGCAACGCCAGCAGUUAUGAAGUACUUGCCUGCUGGGUUGGAGGACAUACCAUGCUACCUAUUCGCUGGAUGCCCCCUGAGAGCAUCAUGUACAGGAAAUUCUCCACGGAGAGCGACGUCUGGAGCUUUGGAGUCAUCUUGUGGGAGAUCUUUACCUAUGGGAAGCAGCCUUGGUUUCAGCUGGGUAACAACGAGGUUAUUGAGUGCAUAACCCAGGGUCGGGUUCUGGAGAGGCCACGGAUUUGUCCUAAGGAGGUGUACGACAUCAUGCUGGGCUGCUGGCAGAGGGAACCGCAGCAGCGACUGAACAUUAAGGACAUUCAGAAGGUCCUGUUCGCCAUGGGGAAAGCCACGCCGGUCUACCUGGACAUCCUGGGCUAGCAGCGGCCAGCGGUGGCCCAUUCCUCGCCAGACUGACAGAACAACAGAGACAUACAGACAGACCGACAAAUACGAAUCCAGGAAUAACCAAACCAACCUACUCCACUGUCGAAAAACACCUACAAUGUUUGGGAAGGACUUAAGUGCCUGCAACACUUUUGGAUAUAGUGGAUAAAACGUAUUCAAAAAACACGCACUUUUACAUUUUGUUUACUUGCGUAUAAGAUGUACAGGUUUGAAGAAGACUUUUUUUUCCCUUGAAAAACUGCAAAAAUACACAACAAUGGAGACAUAAAGGGAAGUGGACUGGCAAUAGGAAAAUGGCCACAGUUUGAUUAUAUGAUGGAGAGAACACAUCAGAGUUAAAAUCUAUCCUGGGUUUGGUUUUAUGAAUAUAUAUAGAAAUAUUACAUAUAUUUUAUAUUUAUUUCUUUUUGUCAGGGUGCUGAAGUGAAGGGUCUGCCAUGUGUGUUGCUAAGGGCUCGGCCCUGUCUGAUGACGUCACCAACAAACUAUUGGCAGGGACUUGACGACGGUCGCCUUACUUGCACUCUGAUUGGCUGGCACGAAGCUUUUAAUGGGAACUCUGCUUCUGUGGAAUAACACUGGAUGGUUGGAGAAAAAAAAAAAGGAGCGCUCUGUAGAGGACCUACCCAAUCAGACAACCGACAAAUCUAUUUUAAUUUAAAAAUAAUGUACAUAUUGUAAAAUUCUAUGUGUCAAAAUUAUGUUAACUUAUUUUUUCGGGUGUUAUUUUGAUUCCUUUUCUGACUGUGAUCUGGGUGGCUAAAGUAUAAAGCUAUGGUAUUUG